UCCUAAAAAAAAUUUUUAAUUAAUAUUUAAUUAAAAUUACGAUAUUAAUAAUUAAAACGUUACAUUUGAAUAAAAUUAUAGUUUAGCCUAACUAGGCUAUUUCAGCUAACUAUAGCCUAAAUACUUUCAUUGUGCAAUAUGUUUUAUUUUGGCUUAUGAAUAAGACAACCGUUAACCAUAAACAUCGCCAGGAAUUGCGCACGUAUAGCCACAAAUGUUUUGGAGACUCAUAUUUAUCCAAAUUACAUCAUACGAGGAAAUUUCAUGUGCGCUUUUUCUCCACCUCUCUUUCUCCACCUCUCGUACAGUUAAACGUGUUUCCUCUCUCAGAAAGGUUUCUUUCUGCUUUUCAUUCUCCUGCUAGAGCCACCGGUGAACCUGACAGCACAGACGAAACCUUUAUUACGGUUUUGGAUUGAGUGGCGUGGAAAACUAAACAAUCGAGAAGGACUACAAGUGUUUUAGGUGCUCAUAACAGGUGAACUAUGGCCACGUUCUUGCUCUUUUUGAGUAUGUGCUUCUUGGUCUCCUCAGCCACGAUGCCUUUUGAUGAUUAUGUUUACACUGAGCCUGAAAGCACACUGGAUGUCAGCAUACCCAUUGAGCUUCCUCUCCAGCCUCUGAUGGGUGACACAUUAAUUCUGCCCUGCCACUUCCAGGACAACACCGUCAAUGACCCCGGUGCCCCUACCAUUGCCCCUUUGUCUCAUCGGAUCAAAUGGAGUCUGGUCACCAAAGACAAGACCACAACCAUUUUAGUUGCAUCUGAGGGCAUUGUAAAUCUGAACAAACGGUAUCUAGAUAGAGUCACAUUAUUGGGAUACCCUGUAACGCCCACAGAUGCCAGCAUCAAGAUCACAGAGCUCCAUUCCAGUGACUCAGGAGUGUAUCGCUGUGAGGUUGUGAAUGGCAUAGAGGACGAUCACGAUAUUGUUCAUCUCCAAGUUCAAGGUAUUGUUUUUCACUAUCGUGCAAUCACCACACGAUACACUCUGACCUUUGAGAAGGCCAAGGCAGCUUGUAUUCAAAACAGUGCCGUGAUCGCCACUCCAGAGCAACUACAGGCGGCUUAUGAUGAGGGCUUCCAUCAGUGCGAUGCAGGCUGGCUUGCAGAUCAGACCGUUAGGUACCCUAUUCACAAUCCAAGAGAGCCUUGCUACGGGGACAAGUAUGAAUUUCCAGGAGUGAGGACAUAUGGAGUGAGAGAUGUGAAUGAGACGUAUGACGUGUACUGCUUUACUCAGAAAAUGACGGGAAGAGUUUUUCACACUACUUCCUCAAUCAAGUUCACAUUUGAAGAGGCUGAAGCUGAAUGUAAAAAGCGGGAUGCCAGGUUAGCUACCACAGGACAGCUGUACCUGGCCUGGAAGAGCGGUAUGGAUGUUUGUAACGCAGGCUGGUUGGCUGACAGGAGUGUCCGCUACCCCAUCAACAUCGCUCGACCGCAGUGUGGGGGUGGCCUGCUGGGAGUGCGCACCGUUUAUCAGUUUCCAAAUCAGACUGGCUACCCCUUACCAGACUCCCGCUAUGAUGCUUUUUGCUACUCUGAAAAGGAUGAGGAGAGUCCAGACUUUUCCGAGAUGUUUCCAGAAUCAGGCAAUGGAGUACUGAGCGUAAACACAAUCACAGAUAGCCCCCAUAUCUUUUUAAAGCCCACCUCUACUGAAAGUGAAGUGCAGGGAUUGGUUGUAACGCAUAAGCCCUCAGUUACCACCAGUGAUGUUCCACCAUAUCCUAUUAUAGAUGAAACGGCGCCCCUUUUGCCGCCUCCCAGACCCACCGAUCUUGAGACAGAAUUUUUCAACAUGACUGAAACAGAAGCUGGCAUGUCCGACACAGGGGUGCUGUUCCAUUACCGAUCAAGCUCCACUCGUUAUGCUUUUAAUUUUGUGGAAGCUCAGCUCGCGUGUCAGAGCAUCGGUGCAGUCAUUGCCAGCCCCCAACAGCUUCAGUCGGCCUAUGAGGCCGGUUUCCAUCAGUGUGAUGCUGGCUGGCUCAUGGAUCAGACUGUCAGAUAUCCCAUUGUGUCCCCACGUGAAAGAUGUUCUGGUGACUUGGAGCAUUUUCCUGGUGUGAGAUCUUAUGGAGUGCGUCCUGCUGACGAACGUUAUGAUGUGUACUGCUAUGUGGACAAACAAAGAGGGGAAAUAUUUCAUGCAAGUUCGUUCGAUGGAUUCACUUACGAUGAAGCUGUGACCUACUGCCAGGGUCAGAAUGCGUCCCUGGCCUCCACAGGAGACCUGUAUGCAGCCUGGAAGCAAGGCUUUGAUAUGUGCCGUAAAGGCUGGCUUCUUGAUCGCAGUGUACGUUACGCCAUCAAUAAACCCCAGGAGAAUUGUGGUGGAGGAAAGGUUGGAGUUUUUACAGUUUACAUGUUUCCCAACCAAACAGGCUUUCCUGACCUGAGCACCAAAUUGGAUGCCUAUUGCCUUAAGGCGAAACAAAAUUUGUCUCUAAAUGAAAGUGAGCUAAACACAACAUUGACGGAUGAAGAAAUAGUUAGCGUGGAGUCUUUCCCUAAUCUUCUCAAUCCUGUAGGUACACUGAACACUUCUUCCAUCUCUGAGGGACCUUCUGGAUCUGAUAUCGAUAUGUCAGGGAGUGGAAGUGGGGAUCAGCCAAGUGGAAGUGGGGAUCAGCCAAGUGGAAGUGGGGAUCAGCAGAGUGGAAGUGGGGAUCAGCCGAGUGGAAGUGGGGAUCAGCCGAGUGGAAGUGGGGAUCAGCUGAGUGGAAGUGGAGAUCAGGGAGUGGAAGUGGGGGAACAGCCGAGUGGAAGUGGGGAACAGCCGAGUGGAAGUGGGGAUCAGCUGAGUGGAAGUGGGUCACCUGGUUCAGUUGGGAAUCUGCCAGGAUCUGGAUUCAGUGGGGAUGUUUCAGGGUCAGGUCUUAGCGAUGAUGGCUCAACUAUCCUUGUGACCUUCUCAGGAAGUGGUCGAUUUUUGUCUGGAGAUGGAUCAGCUUCAGGGAGACCCCAGGAGGCUGGGAAAGGAGAUCUCCUCACCCUCUCAGGUCAAAGCUCAGGCCUUUUUGAUGUGAACUUCUCUGGAUCCGGAUCUGGCAGUGGGUCGGGGUAUAGCGCUGAAGAAAGUGGAUCUACCUCAGACUUUUCCGGCAGCUCGGGUGAGAUCAGUGAAAGUGGAGACAUAUCCGGUACCUCCUCAGGAUCAGGUGUCAUAGAGGAGUCCUCAGGAUUCAUUGAUUUGUCAUCUGGAACUUUUAUCUCUGGAGGAUCCAGUGACAAUUCAUUAGUUGAUCAAAUUGAUGUCAUCCUGUUGGAUAGUCAGUGGGGCAAAAUGUCUACUGCUCCAUCUUUGGCAGAACAGGAGUUUAGUGGAAGCCAAGUAGAUUUCAGUGGAUCAGGACAUAUCUCAGGGUCUGGGAUGAGAGGGGAUUUCUCUGGAAUGAGUGGGUCGGGGAGUGGCUCAGCAUUUCCCGGUCUGACAUAUCUUGGCUCAGGAUUUACUGAUCUCACAGAGCAACCGUAUAACCAGGAAGCUUCUGGGAUUUUGUUAUUUGGAUCUGGUGAGGGGAGUGGAUUUACCUCUGGAAGUUAUGCUAUCGAAUCUGGAGAAAGAUCGGAGGAAUCAGGCAGUGGAGAUAUCACCAUGUUCAUCAGUGGUGUGAUGACAGAACUCUCCAACAAGCCCUUCGAAAGCAUGGAGAUGGGAAGUGGAGAAGUGGAGUAUAGCGGGACUGACAGACUGUCAUCAGGGAGUGGAGAUGACCUAACUGUAUUUGCUAGUGGACGAGAUGAACUGAUCCCAGUCACUGUUAGGACAUUAAAUAUCUCAGUAAUCUCAAGUGGUUCUCCUGCUGAACUAUCCAUUGAAGAGCCAUCAGUUCUGUACAGUGAUACUGCAGGACUUGCUAUACCAUAUCCAGAACCAGCAGGGAUCAUCGGUAAACCUGACCAUGUUAGUUCUGUAACUUUUCCUUCAACCACAGAGCCUGGCAUCUCAAUACAGACCCCUUCCGUCACUGAAGAACCUACUGUGAAUGCUUCUGUUAACCCAUGUGACCCAAACCCAUGUGGAGCUGGGUCAUGUUCAGUGCAUGAUGGGUUGGGCAUCUGUCAGUGCCCACCAGGACUACAUGGAGACGAGUGCCAGUUUGAGGUUGAUGUUUGUCAUUCAAACCCUUGUGCCAAUGGAGCCACCUGUGUGGAAGUGAAGGACACUUUCAAAUGUUUAUGUCUGCCCAGCUACGAAGGAGACCGCUGUGAGAUUGAUGUUCACAGCUGUGAAGAAGGCUGGGUUAAGUUUCAGGGCAACUGUUACCUGCACUUUUCAAAAAGAGAGACCUGGCUGGACGCCGAGAAGCGUUGUCGAGGUCUUAACGCUCACCUAGUUAGCAUAAUCACUCCAGAGGAACAAGCCUUCAUUAACUCAUAUGCACAAGACUAUCAGUGGAUUGGAUUGAGUGAUAGAACUAUACAACAUGACUUCCACUGGUCAGAUGGGACCCCGCUGCAAUAUGAGAACUGGAGGCCUAACCAGCCUGACAAUUAUUUCAAAUCUGGCGAGGACUGUGUUGUGAUGACCUGGCAUGAAAAUGGCCAAUGGAAUGAUGUGCCAUGCAACUACCACCUACCCUUUACAUGCAAAACAGGUCCAGUAACAUGUGAUCAACCUCCCAAAGUGGAGAAUGCCAGGAUGUUUGGAAACAAGAAAGAUCGUUAUCAAGUGAAUUCCAUUAUUAGGUACCAAUGCGGUGAAAACUUUACACAGCGCCACCUGCCUGUGAUCCGCUGUAUGGCAGAUGGACAGUGGGAGAAGCCUCAAGUGAAAUGCAUAGCCAAAGUCAACACAAGACUGCAAACGAAAACUACUGUUCAUCACCCACAUAAAGCUAAUACUACAACAUUGGAGACACAUCUCUAAGUGGAUUUGAAGAGUUAGAGAUUCAAGUUUUAUAUUUAUUUUCCAAGACCCUGAAUUAUCAAGCAUACAUUUAUGAUUAGAAAGUGCCCCUUUUGUAUAUAUACACAGUAGAUCACCAUAUAUUAGUUACUGGCCUUUCAACUUGAUAAAGUGAUCUACUUUAUUAAUGCAGUAAAAUAUCAGAGACCAAAGCAUCAAAGACCAACAGAUGUCUGUGAAUAUAUUUGCUGAAGGUUUAUCAAUUGAAUUAAGUUUAAUGGCAUUUAAAGAUGUUGAGCCAAGAGCUUGGUUAGCCCAGUCUAUCCUCUAUUGAUAAGGACAGAAGUCCUUUUUGUCUUUAUGUGCUAGUAAACAAAUAUUUGAAUACAUGUAUGACUUAUAGAUGUGGUGAUGAAAUGUGAAAUGUUUUCAUCUAUAGAUUUUUAAGAGAAGUUUAUAGCCAUAAAUGACGUUUACAAAAAAACUUAUUUAUUUCUAACCAGGCAGAUUAUGAACACUUGCACAACGAUGUCAUUUAUUUGUUGUCUGAGUUGGAUAGCAUAAUGUGAAUCUAUUUAUUGAUUUCUCACAACACGAAUCACAAUACAUCCAUCUUUAACUGGAGAUGUCCAUCUUUCUUUGGUCUCAAAAGCCAUAUUAACAUCAGAUCUAGGUCUAGGUGGCCAAGUCCAGUCAAAUUUUGAAUGUAAAUCCAACCAUGAAAAUGUACUUGUUUGUUACAUGUUAUCUGUGUUGCCCAAGACUGUGCAGUGCAUAGUACUAUAUGGGAACCAAAAUGAUAAGCUAACAGCUAUAGUUCAAUGUUUUUAGUUCAGAUAGAACUAUCAAUGACAAGUGCCUUGUGAAUAUUUCGCAUUUACUAACCUGUUUUUGUUGGGACUGCUUACUUUGCUUUUGUCUUCUCAAAAAUGUAUAAGAGGCUGUGCCUCUUUCAUCCCAAUGGCAGGGAGCUCUCCUUAUGCACAACAGCUUUAAUUUUGUAACACAGCUGAAAUGACGAAUGCAGCAUAAACUGCAGACAUACGUUUUUCGUAUAUUGCCUAUCCAGCUCUUCAAACAAAUACAAGUACUGUCUGUGGCAUACAAGAACAAUCUCAUCUUGCAUUGAGAACGUGAUCUCCUACAUGUUCAUGAGGAAAUGUUUCAGGCGAGACUGUCUCUGUGCUACCUUAAGUUUUGCCAGUAAUGUCUUUAACUGAAUUUAAUGUCUCAAUAAUUGUAUUUCAGCAACUUGCCAAUAAAACAUGCCAUAAAACA